GGGCAUUAUUGGGCGUUACGCGGCGGCGGGGGAGGGGCCGGUUGCCAGGACGACGCCUGCGAAAAUGGCCGCUGCGUCCUCAUCGGAUUACAACGGCUGCGGAGCUGAGAGCAAUGAGGCCAAUUCGAAAUGGUUGGAUGCGCACUACGACCCAAUGGCCAACAUCCACACCUUUUCUGCCUGCCUAGCGCUGGCAGAUUUGCAUGGGGAUGGGGAAUACAAGCUGGUGGUAGGGGACCUUGGCCCUGGUGGGCAGCAGCCCCGCCUGAAGGUGCUCAAAGGACCACUGGUGAUGACCGAAAGCCCACUACCUGCUCUGCCAGCUGCUGCUGCCACCUUCCUCAUGGAGCAACAUGAGCCCCGGACUCCAGCUCUGGCACUUGCUUCAGGCCCUUGUGUCUAUGUGUAUAAGAAUCUCAGACCUUACUUCAAGUUCAGCCUGCCCCAAUUGCCUCCAAAUCCUCUGGAACAAGACCUUUGGAACCAGGCCAAAGAAGACCGGAUUGACCCCUUAACCCUGAAGGAGAUGCUGGAGAGCAUCCGGGAGACGGCAGAGGAGCCGUUGUCUGUCCAGUCACUCAGGUUUCUGCAGCUGGAGCUGAGUGAAAUGGAGGCAUUUGUAAACCAACACAAGUCCAACUCCAUCAAGCGGCAGACAGUUAUCACCACCAUGACCACCUUGAAGAAGAACCUGGCUGACGAGGAUGCUGUGUCUUGCCUGGUGCUGGGCACCGAGAACAAGGAGCUCCUGGUGCUUGAUCCCGAGGCUUUCACCAUUUUAGCCAAGAUGAGCCUUCCCAGCGUCCCUGUCUUCCUAGAGGUUUCCGGCCAGUUUGAUGUUGAGUUCCGGCUUGCCGCAGCCUGCCGCAAUGGAAACAUCUAUAUUCUGAGAAGAGACUCCAAGCACCCCAAGUACUGCAUCGAGCUGAGCGCCCAGCCUGUGGGACUUAUCCGGGUACACAAGGUCCUAGUGGUGGGCAGUACCCAAGACAGCCUGCACGGCUUCACCCACAAGGGGAAGAAGCUGUGGACAGUGCAGAUGCCUGCAGCCAUCCUGACCAUGAACCUCCUGGAGCAGCAUUCCCGGGGCCUGCAGGCCGUCAUGACUGGGCUGGCCAACGGAGAGGUCCGCAUUUAUCGUGACAAGGCCCUUCUCAACGUCAUCCACACGCCGGAUGCAGUGACCAGUCUUUGCUUUGGCCGCUACGGGCGGGAGGACAACACCCUCAUCAUGACCACUCGAGGUGGUGGCCUGAUCAUCAAGAUCCUGAAGCGUACAGCAGUGUUUGUAGAGGGAGGAAGUGAGGUGGGUCCCCCACCAGCCCAGGCCAUGAAACUCAACGUGCCCCGAAAGACCCGGCUUUACGUGGAUCAGACACUGCGAGAGCGGGAGGCUGGCACUGCCAUGCACCGGGCCUUCCAGACAGACCUAUACCUGCUGCGCCUGCGGGCUGCCCGUGCCUACCUGCAGGCCCUCGAGUCCAGCCUGAGCCCCAUGUCCGCGACAGCCCGAGAGCCACUCAAGCUGCACGCCGUGGUGAGCAUCUGGGUUCAGGGCCUUGGCCCCACCUUUAAGCUCACACUUCACCUGCAGAACACCUCGACAGCCCGUCCCGUCCCGGGGCUGCUGGUCUGCUGCUUGUACAACGAGGCGCUCUAUUCCCUGCCCCGGGCCUUCUUCAAGGUACCCUUGCUGGUGCCCGGGCUCAACUACCCCCUGGAGACCUUUGUGGAGAGUCUCAGUAACAAGGGCAUCUCAGACAUCAUCAAGGUGCUGGUGCUUCGAGAAGGCCAAAGUGCACCCUUGCUGAGCGCCCAUGUCAACAUGCCCGGGAGCGAGGGGUUGGCGGCCGCCUGAGCCCUCGGCUGCUGUGAAAGCCCCUGUACAAUCAGCCAGGGAGAACUGGGCAGGUUCAAUGGCCCCAGGCCCACUCCUCACACAGCAGUGUGCUGGGGUGAUACCUUGUUUCCCCUCUCCUAAGCACCCCCUUCCUCACCACCCCCACUGCUGGGCCUAUAGUAGCAGGUUAGUGAGUACCCAGGAAGGCUCAACUCCUCCUCCUCCGACCAACCAGGCAUGGUCCCGCUGAGGUCCUGCUACGCCAUCCCCUCCCCAGCCUUUUCCAGAAACCAUACCGGGCUCGGAACAGAGCUCCAAAGCGGUCAAAUUGAGCUGAGCAGGACAGGCGCAGCCUUUCUCCACUGCCACAUCCCUCAUGCACAUCACUCAUCUCCCGCUGCAGGCCAAGGCCAAAAUUGGGCUAGUCCUGGCCAGGGAGAUCAGAAGCUCUUCUGGGGUGAGACUGAGCCUCCUGUUGCUCCCUGGAGUUCCAGAGGCUGGGCUGCAGCCCACUUAGCUUUUGGGCAAAACAUGUGCUCUCCUCUCUGCUUGUCAGCUGAGCAAGCCCAGGGAAUAGCCCUCAUCUCCCCAAGACACUUCUCUGAAAUCUUAGACUUAGCCAGUCUCAGGCCUAUAAUGCCACAAAAAGGUUGUUCAGGGAGAAGGGGGUGCAGGAGGGCAGAGGGUGCCCCGCAGGGAGCUGGUAGCUCCAGCCUCACUAGAGCUCCUAAAGAUCACACAGCAGCUGCUCCUGACAGGGAUGCUCAUGCCCAGAAAGAAACCCCAGGAGAGGAAGGCAGAGCGAGACAGAGCAGAGCCAGGGUCAGGAGCACCAGGAGAGGUGUUUCUGGGGCUCCGGGGAGGUGCCACAGGAGGCAGAAGUCCAGAACUGCCCAUAUAGAUGCCCUUCUAUGUCCUGGGGCCCAAAUCAGUCCUGGGUGGGAAGUUCCCAGGGCAGUGGCCACAUCAUGAGAAUUAGCAGGAAAGGCGGGGCCUUUCUCAUCAUAGCUGUUUCUGAGGAUGAAAUGGGAGACAUAUGCCCAGCACCUGAUGUAAAUUUAUGUCAUGUAAUACUAUGUACCUACCACUAAGAAAUACAUGAGCCACGCCAUGUGGACAGUAAGUGUUCAUAAAGCAACGUGAAGCAAGAAACAGUGCAGGGUGCCCAGUGCACACACUAGAGAGAAAUUGUGGACAUUAAGCACAAGCAGAAUUGGUGUUUUUCUAAAACAUAAUUAUUUAAAAACAUGUAUCCACUUACUAAUGUGGAAUUACACAGUUUGUAACAAGAAAACAGUCUCCCCAUUCUCUAGUACAGCUCCCCUACCCAGCAGUCACUUCUAGUUCGUUCAGCUAUUUUUAAAAUGUGCUUAUGUGACUCUUGCUUGAUAGAUGAAUCUUAGGCAUUACCUGUUGACUCCCUGUUGUCAUACAUGAGGCUUUAGCUCUCUUUUGUCAGCACCCCUCCCCCAUCCCUAGUUAUUAGGUUAAAAAAUACUCAGAUUACUAUUUCUAUUACUAUGUGAAAGUUAUUAACUGCGGAGCCAAGAGUUGGACUAUAAUUAAAUUACCUUCCUUGUACUGUUUUUUAAAUGGA